AUGGUGAACCUGUCCCAUUGGAGGCUGUCGCUGUCACCUGCACUGUGGGCCGAGCUGAGCCAUCAAGUGGCGCAGCGCAGCACGUGGAGCCUCUACGACCGCCAGCUGGACCCCCUCCGCAUGCGGCUGCGGAGAUGUGGUGCACUGCUCCUGGUGUGGUGCACUGCUCCUGGUGUGGUGCACUGCUCCUGGUGUGGUGCACUGCUCCUGGUGUGGUGCACUGCUCCUGGUGUGGUGCACUGCUCCUGGUGUGGUGCACUGCUCCUGGUGUGGUGCACUGCUCCUGGUGUGGUGCACUGCUCCUGGGGUGGUGCACUACUCCUGGUGUGGUGCACUGCUCCUGGUGUGGUGCACUGCUCCUGGUGUGGUGCACUGCUCCUGGUGUGGUGCACUGCUCCUGGUGUGGUGCACUGCUCCUGGGGUGGUGCACUGCUCCUGGUGUGGUGCACUGCUCCUGGUGUGGUGCACUGCUCCUGGGGUGGUGCACUGCUCCUGGUGUGGUGCACUGCUCCUGGUGUGGUGCACUGCUCUAGGUGUGGUGCACUGCUCCAGGUGUGGGCCCUCCUAUUUUCAUGCUGGCUGCAAAGAUUGGAGCGAAUUCCUCCCGCAGCAAGUGAGGGCAGCCAUGUUGGUGGUGCAUCCGCCACCGCAGCCCCAGCCCCUGCGUCCAACACAGCCGGCACCCGUCCAGCCAGGGGAUCAUGA